AUGCUGUCUCUUGGAAGGACUCAAAUAAUAUACGCCCUGUGCGGCCUGCUGUGUCUUCUUAGCAUGGCCAUCGCCAAUGUUGAAAAGACAAUAUUCACAGCUCCUGCAUCACUCCCUAUUCCCCAACAGAAGCCUUCGCUGAGCGAUUUCAGACUACCGACACUUACACCAGGCGCCCCAAAUUUUCGAACUCAUGUCAGCUGCAGAUUUCCCUCUGGGCCAAAGGAUUACGCUUCCGGCGUUGCAACGUGGGUGCUUCUUGAUAAACUAAACCAAGGCCAGCGAGAAAGCAAGCUAAUUCGCCUGCGCCGCCAGCAACCCGCUGUGUUUGGCUUGGCUGUAUACGAGCUGGACACCGUGUGGCAGACACCAGAGCUGAUUCAAUCACUUGCCAACUACUCAUCUUCUCGCCAAGGCCAGGAAGCUGUGCUGACAAAAGAGUCAAUCCAAACUGAAGGCAGGGAGCGCGAGGCUUCCGUUCUUCUGCUCCAGAUCAAGUCAUCAGCUGACUACUUUACGAAUGACGCGGCUCUUAUGAAGGAACCUUCACCUGUACACGUAGAUCUCAUCCUCGGCCCGUAUCAUUAUGGUAUCGUCCCCCGUUCUCUAGUCCCAGCAGCUGGUUAUCUUGUUCUUGUCAGCGCGGUGGCUUGGUUUGUGUCCAGAUCUAUCGCCUCUAAGUUACAGGAAAUUGCAGUCACAACCGAGGGCGCAAACAAGAAACAGAAUUGA